CAGCGCACUUCCGGUACUCAAGUCGUCGAGGAAGUUCGACCGAUGGAUGAGAAACCACCUCCGGCCGCUCCACCGUAAACCUUCGGGUCACUCCGGUUGAUUCCCCCGCAGGAAGAGGACCGCUUUUCAAACCCGUCGCCAUGGCGAUGUCAACCUUCCAGAAGGUGACGCUCGCGACGUGUCUCGUGCUGUGCGUCGGGCUGCUGCUUCCCAAAAUGCUGCUAUCCGGCGGGAGGAAGGAUGCUGCUGAGGGUUCAGGUCGCUUCCCGACGAUGAUGCAACGCCAGGCGGCUCCGGAGGGCCGAGGCCAGAGGGCCGCGGGCGCCAGAGCCAAAACCCCCGAGGCCACAGCCAGGGCCAAAGGAGGCGGGGCGGGGGCGGGAACCGGGGGCAAGUCCAACCUGGCGGGACAGAUCAUCCCCGUGUACGGCUUCGGCAUCUUACUCUACAUCCUCUACAUCCUGUUCAAGAUCACAUCUAAGGGGAACAGCAAGCCUUCAGAGAGCAGGUUUUCUUCGGUUCGCUCAGAGAACAAGAAGAGGAAGAUCUCUGACUUUGAGCUGGUUCAGCUGCAGGACAAACUGAGGGAGACGGAGCUGGUGAUGGAGAAAAUCGUUUCCAAUGUCAACCACAGUCCCGACAGGGUGAAGGGCGUGACGGCGGACCAGGAGGAGAGCCUCCUCCAGCAGCUGACGGAGAUCACUCGGGUGAUGCAGGAGGGCAAGCUGGUGGAGGACAUGGCACCAGAGAGCAAGAACCAGGACGACUGGGAAGGUCCCGGGGAUUACACAGAGGAGCCUCAGCAGCCGUGGGAACAUCCCCCCUGCUGCUGCCACCACGGUCACCAGGCGGAGGCCGAGAGGACAGGAGCUGAUGGAGCAGACCCGGAGGACGGAGGAGAAGGAGGAGGAGGAGACGCUGCUGAUGGAGCAGAGGACCUGAGUAAAGAGGGGGAAUCUCUGGACGCGGAGCCGGAGAGCGAUUCAGGCCACAACGACGAGGCGGAGCGCACACGGGGAGCGGGAGAAGAGCUGGAGCUCACGCUGAAGAUGACGUACGCGACGGAGCAGGAGGAGGCGACGGAGCCGGAAGCCUCCUGCGGCGCCGUCAGGCGGAGGAACAAGAGGAGGAGAGCAAAGAAAGCCUCACGCUGAGGACCUCCGGGUCUUCUCCUCCUGCGCGCCCGUUUUCCUCGUUUAUCGAAGUGAAGACGAGACUUUUAUUGCACUGAUAUCAACUUCGUCUAGUGGAGGAAAAGGUUUAUUAAACAUGAAAUAAUAAGGGCCUCAGUCAUAAAAGCUCUAUGAAGUGUUAUUUAAGGGUUAAGGUGAGGAAUCAGAGUGUGAACACAAACAGUAUUUAUUAUUUAGCAUUUCUAAUUUGUCUUUUUGCACGAUUAUUAACCUCUUUUCCUGUGAAUUGGUUUAACAUUAUUUGCACCUAGUGAUUGAAGUUGUUUAACUCACGUCAUUUGGCAUCUCAUCGUUUGUUGAGGUUACACAGGCAACGUUAGAUACGUGUUUAUGGUCUUUUAUUAUAUUUACAGUAAAUCGUGUCGUAAUUAUCACCCAUAAAGCAGUCAGUCCUCAUACGUUCAGAUGGAGCUCCAGAAGAUCAGAUGACCGCGCACGUGUUCUCUCCUCCACCUUUUGUCUCCUGGACCAGUUCAGUCCAGGAUGAACUUUGAGAGCAGCAUUUAAUCCACUGUACAGAUUUAAAAGCGACACAAAAAGAUGUCUGUGUUCCAGCAGAGUGAUUUCGUUGGCGAUCCGAUGUCUUCUCUAUCAAUGUUUUAUGCUUUGUGUUCUAAAUGAUUACAAUUUUUACUUUUAUAAACUGAAUCUAUUCACUGUUUAAAAAAAGCACAUGUAGGUCAGUGAUUAAAACUUUAUUCUUACUCUACA